UAUUUUCCUUUUUCCCGUUCGACGAGCUCUGCCGCGUUAUCGUUCUCCGAUCUUUUUCCUUUUUUUAUUUCUUCUUCUUUCGUUUCUUCAAAUUAGGGUUUAUUUAUUUAGUUGUCGGGAUGAUUUUGAUGCGAAGAAGCAUUGUUUCUUGAGGGAGAAGGAUUUCUGGGUUUGUUCUUAGGGUUCGUCGACUUGUUUAGGGAGGGAAAUUUUCCGGGUUUUUAAUAUCGCCCGGAAUCUGAAAUUCGCCGGCAGAUAUGGCGUCUGACUUUCCGAUGAGCCCUCAUUUGGAGCAGAUUCACGGAGAAAUUCGUGACCAUUUCCGAGCCCUCGCGAAUGGUUUUCAGAGGUUGGAUAAGAUCAAGGAUUCUAAUAGACAAAGCAAGCAACUCGAAGAACUUGCUGUGAAGAUGAGAGACUGUAAACGGUUGGUUAAGGAGUUUGAUCGUGAACUCAAAGAUGGGGAAGCUCGAAAUUCUCCUGAAGUAAAUAAGCAGUUGAAUGAUGAGAAACAAUCUAUGAUUAAGGAACUCAACUCUUAUGUUGCACUAAGAAAAACGUACUUGAAUACACUCGGCAACAAGAAAGUUGAACUUUUUGAUACGGGAGCUGGAGUCAGCAGUGAACCUACAGCUGAAGAAAACGUCCAAAUGGCUUCAUCAAUGUCAAACCAAGAGCUUGUCGAUGCUGGAAUGAAAAGGAUGGACGAGACUGACCAGGCUAUUGAACGCUCUAAACAGGUUGUGCAUCAGACGAUCGAAGUUGGCACUCAAACUGCAUCUAAUUUAAAAGGACAGACAGAUCAAAUGGGUCGCGUUGUAAACGACCUUGACACAAUUCAGUUCUCCAUCAAGAAAGCUUCGCAGCUGGUGAAAGAGAUAGGAAGACAGGUGGCUACCGAUAAAUGCAUAAUGGCGUUCCUGUUUCUGAUUGUAUGUGGUGUUAUAGCAAUAAUUGUUGUGAAGAUCGUGAACCCAAACAACAAAGACAUCAGAGACAUCCCUGGGCUAGCUCCUCCAGCGCAAUCGAGAAAGCUCUUGUACUUCAGAGAAUAGCUUUUUGACAGGGCCGAGAGGGAAGGUUUGGUGCAUAUUACACUGUUGCGUGUGCGCACUUUCAUGAAAGGGGGCUUGUUUAUGUCAUUUAAAUCUGAGCUUUGAUUAGAGUUUUGUAUCAUAUAUCAUCAUUCUUUUUAACGUAUGACCACAUGUUGUAUAAUUUAAUAGCGAGUUCAACAUAUUUUUAUAAGAUCCAUCUUAUUGUCCAA